CUGGAAUUGUUAGCCAAGAUGGCGUCUAAAACAAGUGGGACUGAUAUCACUUCUGCCCCUCCUUUUGAUUGUCCAUCAUGGGCAGGCAAACCACCACCGGGGCUCCAUCUGGAUGUCAUGAAAGGAGACAAAAUGGUUGAGAAACUGAUCAUUGACGAGAAGAAAUACUACUUGUUCGGGAGGAACCCAGACAUGUGUGACUUCACCAUCGACCACCAGUCCUGUUCCCGCGCCCACGCCGCCCUGGUCUACCACAAACAUCUGAAGAGGGUGUUUCUCAUCGACCUCAACAGCACGCACGGGACCUUUCUUGGACACAUCCGCCUGGAGUCCCACAAGCCUCAGCAGGUCCCCAUUGACUCCACCAUGUCUUUCGGAGCCUCCACGCGCACCUACACCAUCCGGGAGAAGCCCCAGAGCCAGUCGAGCACCAGUGCAGGAGAGGGCAAGGCUGGGGAGGACGAGGAGCUGAAGGGGCUGCUAGGUUUACCAGAAGAAGAAACUGAGCUAGAGAACCUGACAGAGUUUAACACGGCCCACAACAAGCGCAUCUCGCUGCUCCCCAUAGAGGAGGGCAACUUGGAGAUCCAGAGGCCCAAGAGGAAGAGGAGGAACUCAAGGGUCACCUUCAAUGAGGAUGAUGACAUCAUCAACCCAGAGGAUAUAGACCCUUCAGUGGGCCGCUUCAGAAACAUGGUCCAGACCGCAGUUGUUCCCAUUAAGAAACGGAGAGCUGACAGCCACAACACACUCGGUCUGGAGGAUGUGACGUUGAGACGCAUUCACAGCUACACCUUCGGAGGCGGCCUGUAUGGAGACCUGCCUCCUAGCAGCCACGAACACCAUCCUACCGGAGCCCCGGGAGGAGCCACCAUCCUGGGGGGGCUUCCACUGCCCUUCCCCAAUCCAGCCCCGGAGGUGGAUCUGGCCCCAGAGGCCCCCCAACCCCCUGUCACUCUCAACCCCACCCCGGUCACAGGCCCCUAUCCCCCCGAUGCCCUCAACGAGCCACGGAAGAAAAAGUACGCCAAAGAAGCAUGGCCGGGCAAGAAGCCCACCCCUUCCCUGCUCAUCUGAGCCUUCCUCCGUCAGUUUGUGAAGGAGAGGGGGCAGACUCAGGAGACAUCAGGGACUUGUUUCUCGCUGGAGGGUGAUUUGUUUUCUUUGUUUUUUUUUUGAAGACUGUUUAGGAUUUUAUACUUUGGUGUUUUAUACUCUUCUGUUCUCACCAAGACAUUCUGAGCAGUCCGUGAAGACUAACACACCAGGUUUUUGGUGAAUGGUUGAUGAAUUGUGUCAUUCACAGACAUACUGGUUAGUGAGCGUAGGCAGGUCAUUAAGAAAAUUCUUUGUUUUAGGGGGCAUUAUCUCCUAUUAUCAGCCAAUUAUCCAACAUCAUUAUGGUUGCUUACAGUUGCAAAAACAGCUGCUUUUGUGUAAGUUGUUUGAUGUCAAUUUUGGGAUGCUGUAUCAUCACUUUUAUCAGUGCAUACAGGUAUUUAUUAGAAUCCUAUUUGUGUACAAUUUCACGUCCUAAAGCAGUUUUUUAUAUACAAGUCACAUAUGGUUUCCCAGGAAAAGUUAUUUCUUACAAAAAGUUGAGAAUAUAUAUAUUUUGUCUAUCGAGGCUUUAGAAAGAACAAACACAUAGAUUUUCUUUCAUAGGCAUGCAUUUCUGUAAUAAACAGAUAAACGAGUAGACUACAGUGUAUUUUUGAUCUUCACUCUUCAUCAAAGAGCCUUGUAAUUCACUGCACCUCCAGUAAUGGCAGUACAUCCUGUGGACUACCAGAUGGCAAUGGUGUGGCAGUUGUCCAGUCACACUAAAUUCAGCCUUUUUUUUAUGGCUGACAACUACAUUCUCUGUUUUCACACCAGCAGGGGGAAAUACCAAGAUAUCUCCUCUUUAUGUGCUGACACUGUUAUAGGAUAUCUAAAAGAAAGUACUGUAGUCUAGUCAUAUUUUUUGCAUUUGUAAUAACUUUGUAUCGUUAUUAACCAGUGCCCAGGCAUUAUUUGUCCAUCUUUCAAAUGACUGAAGCUUUUUUAAUCACAUGAAACUAUGUAAAUAAAAUGGAAACAACU